AUGGCGCGUCGCUCUGCUGUCCUUGCGCCGUCGGCCGCCAGUCUCCCUGAUACCUUUCGCGUUCCCGCAAGCACCUCUGCCCUGGUCAAGUCCCUUUCCCGGCUGUCUCGGAGCUCCCUCAUCGCCCUCGUCCUGCAAUGGCUCGACGACAAGCACCUGCCGACGUGCCGCCCGUACUUGAGCAGUGAUGCCAAAAGGAGAACUGCGCGGUCGGUCGGAGAGGAUGCCGACGAUGUCAGUUUGUACGACACGGCCGACUCCAUCGAGGAGCUGAGAGAUGUAUACGCGGAGCUCCUGGAGCGCAAAGGCGGCAAGAGGGAGGUGGUGGAUCGCAUAUUGGACGGAGACUGGAGGCAUGGCCUAACGCUGCGCCAGCUUGCUAUGGCAGACAUCCGCUAUAUCGAGGACCACUCCUCCGCAAGCCACCGGUGGACUGCGCUGCAGCUUGUUCUGCAAGGCGGCGCAGAUGAAUCAAAGCACGCGACCGCCGAGAAUAGCGCUCCGCUCCCGCGAUUCAACGGCCCGACAUUUCUCAAGUUAAUUCAAAACGAGAUAUCGCCGCUUGUCAAGGCUCAUUACUAUAUAUCUCGCUCUGCAACCUUGCCAUUGACCUUCGUGCGCAUUUUCGUCAUCGAUUCACCCUAUCAAUACCCCAGACAAACACCCCACGCCUUCACCGAUGCCUCCCGAAUAAUAUACCUCGUGUUCCCCGAUAGCUCGCCCUUUAUAUACUCGUCAUUAUUUUCGAUCCCCGCAGUGCGCAACGCCUCCACGCCCGCCCGCUCACACACCACGGACGUCAAAACGCUGCGACGAAUAGUCAUCGACGCCAUACCCAAAGCGUUAUCGCGCCCACAGCAACGAUACACACUGCGACUGACGUCCCUCACGACCAAGAACCUACACACGCUGCUCUCCCUCCGCGGGCCGUGGCGGAGCAACGCGGCGAACGGCGCUUUUAGCAUCUUCGCCGACGCGGUGGCCGAACAGGGGCCUCUUGAUCCCCGGCCGCCGGAAUCCGUCGCCGUGGGCGACGCGGAAACCCAAACGGCCGAGAAGGAGAAUAUCCCCCAGCAGUCGGCGACGACGGCGAAAAGGAGGACGCGACGGCAGUCCGACCUAGACGACAUCGAGCCGGAACUGUUACUGAAACGACAGAAGACGGUGAUCUCCCGCUUUGGAACCACCGACUCGUCCCGCCAGCCCCUCACGCUCUCCUCAUCCUCGGCGACAGCUUCUACUACUGCUGCUGCUACCAGCAACAGCAACCCAACCCUCGAAAAACUCGAAAUCCGCCUUCAAGACCCCAUCUCUACCACCGGCACAUCAUCCCCUGGUCCUCUCACCGCGUCGCCACAACCCACGCUUACGCUCACGUUCUCUGGAUCAGAUGUGAUAUCCGGUCUGCGCAAGCUGGCGGAGAUGGGGGUGAUUGAUGCGGCGAGGAUGCCGGCGUGGAUGACGGGUGAAGAAGGUGUUAGCUCGGCUGCGGUUAAGGGUGGGAAGCGGGUGGUGGAGGAUACUUUGUGA